CAUGGUAGUUGUUUCAGCUUUGAUUAGGAAUAUUUGGAUUUUUUAGUGGAAAACUUUGCGCGGGCGGGCGGACGCGUGUUUGACGCAGUGAAUGGACGACCGCUACUACUACCACCAACAAUGCCGAUACGAACAUAUCUCGAUCUGAUUUGAGGAAAGAAAACACAUUUUCUGUAUUUCCUGGGAAGGACCCAGCUGUUUAGGUCGCACUUGGAAAACAUGAUUCUCAAGAUUUUUAAAGACACUAAUCUCCAGUCCAAAUUUCCAGACCACUUUGUUAGUUCAUUUAUAGCCAUUUUGACGUGUCUAUCCAUUUCCAACUAUUGCUUAUCUGUUGUGUGUUUGCGUGGAGCGGAUAAAAUAAUCAUUCUCCAAACUUUAAGUCGUAUAUCCUGCGAACUUUCGCCGGAUUCAAGAUUUGCUAGAUCUGGAAUUACAGUGAAACUUAAUCAUCUUUCAGAUUAUUCGAAAAAGUAAAAUCGGUGAAGUUUGAGAAUUCAUUAAGAGUUAUCCCAUAUCUGACACCAUCCUAACCACGAAGAAAAUCAAAGUUUCCUAAAACUUAUUAAACAAAUUUGACCUAUUUUCUUUGCUAACGAGAAAUAACAAUGAUAAAAUUUUAGCUAAAUCUAAUGGCGUAUGUUUGUGCCUGUAAGUAAUGGCUGUCACAAGAUGGAAAAAGGUGUCACUCCGCAUAUCAAAUAAGAGAAGAUUGAUCUCUGUUCGGCAGAUGAAAGAAAUCUCAGAACUGAGAUGGGUGCGAAUAAAGGUAGCUCAACUGAAACGUUUUUGUGCCGAAAAAGGUUAUGGACAAAUGGCUCCAGCAACUGUGUGGGGAAGAGUGUUCUGCAUCUUCUACGCCAUCUUCGGUAUCCCCAUCACUGGCCUCAUGCUUAAAUCCAUCGGAGAGCGCAUUACUGAAGGCAUCGCAGAUUUCUGGCGGAUCAUCGACCGACGUCUCUUUAACCGCGAUCCUAAAAGUAUUCACAUGAAGACGGUGUUAACAGUCUUUGCACUUGUCAUAACCAUGCUUCUCGUUCUGGCAGCACUGGCAGUAGAAUACGAAGGCUGGACUUACUUUCAAGGCAUCUAUUUUGGGUUCAUCACCCUUAGUACCAUCGGAUUUGGAGACUACGUACCCGCCCACCCAUCCAAGGACGAGACUAACCACCCUGCCUUCGUCAUCAUCUUCACGCUUAUCACAUUUCUCUACUUCACUGUUGGUCUAGCGCUUGUCUCCAGUGCCCUGCUCGCGAUCAGUCGAUUAUUUGAGGAUGAACCGCCUUGGGGAUUUAUAUCACUCAUGAAUCAAGAUGACGACGAGGAGGAGAGGAUGAUGCGGGAGAAGGUGCAGGCGAUGAGUCGAGCUGCAGGCACGGACGGGUAACCUGUGUUAACAAAUACAGGACAUUCCCUGCACUCGCGAAUCCGUAUCGGACCAGAGACAUCAACGGAUGAUGAGGCAUAAUCAAUACCGGGAACUCUUGGGGUUACGGGACUCACUUGACUUCUCUUCUAAUAUGGAAGAUUCGCAUGCUAAUCAGAAUCUAAGGCUUUCUACGUGUGAAUUAACCAAAUCUUUGCGGUAUGUUUAGAAACAUUUUGUGGUGUGGGACUCACCAGUCUUCACGUCAAAUUUUCAAGCUACUCAGGAAAUUAAGACUUUCUACGUCGAAUUGCACCAGAUUAUUGCGGUAACCUAUUUACUCUGAGCUUCAGUACAUUCUACGUUUGGUGGUGAUACAUUUUCUUGCAUGCGUUAUUCACGGGUAUCAGUUAAUCUACACUAUCUGCAUCCUACACUAAAGGGGUGUUUCUUUUUAUUUCUUCUCAUUUAUUUUGCGGAAAACUUCAAUAUAAAGAGGAACUUUUCAAAAGAACUUCCUUUUAUCAAGAAAGGACACGCAGAAACCCAGAUCAAUUUAUUUUUCUACAAACAAAUAAUGACGAUGGAAUUUUCCUAUGGAGCAUGUCUUCGAUA